AACGACACACCUUGUUCGCAGCAACAACACCAAACCGCUCGCCUCUCUCUCCGAUUUGACAUCGCAUUGUCAUAUGCGAUAGACCACCCGCGGGUUUCAUUCAACAUCGGUAGUGGAAGCGGAAGAGAAAAGACAGUCCCAAUGGCGCUCGUCAAGAAGCAGGCCGCGUCCGAUGAGGACAACCAAAUCAUCAAACCCGAGCAAAUCUCGCCCAGCAUCAACACAAGCGACUGGCCGCUGCUGCUGAAGAACUGGGAUCAGCUCCUCGUUCGCACCGGUCAUUUCACACCCAUCCCCGCCGGAUGCACACCUCUUCGCCGCGAUCUCAAAUCCUACAUCUCGUCCGGUGUCAUCAACCUCGACAAACCCUCCAACCCAUCCUCACACGAAGUCGUCGCAUGGCUGAAGCGAAUUCUCCGAGUCGAGCGCACCGGUCACUCCGGCACGCUCGAUCCUAAAGUCACGGGAUGCUUGAUCGUUUGCAUCGAUCGCGCAACUAGACUGGUGAAGAGCCAGCAGGGAGCCGGAAAGGAGUACGUCUGCGUGCUGAGGUUACACGAUAAGUUGCCCGGCGGAGAAGCACAGCUCGCACGUGCUUUGGAGACACUUACUGGUGCGCUCUUCCAGCGCCCUCCACUCAUCUCGGCUGUCAAGCGUCAACUCCGUAUCCGAACGAUCCACGAGAGCAAGCUUCUCCAAUUCGACAAUGACCGCCAAUUGGCCGUCUUCUGGGUGUCUUGCGAAGCUGGUACGUACAUUCGAACGCUGUGUGUGCACUUGGGUCUUUUGUUGGGGGUUGGAGGACAUAUGCAGGAGCUUCGCCGUGUGCGAUCGGGAGCGAUGGAUGAGAAGGAGGGCAUGGUGACACUUCACGACUGCCUCGACGCGCAGUGGCUGUACGACAACCAGCGCGACGAGUCCUACUUACGCACAGUCAUCAAGCCGCUUGAGACGCUUCUCACCACAUACAAGCGCAUCGUCGUCAAGGACAGCGCCGUCAACGCCGUGUGCUACGGCGCCAAACUCAUGAUCCCAGGACUUCUCCGCUACGAGUCGGGCAUCGAGGUUCACGAGGAGGUCGUUCUGAUCACCACAAAGGGUGAGGCCAUUGCCCUUGCCAUCGCACAAAUGAGCACCGUCGAGCUCUCAUCAUGCGACCACGGCGUCGUCGCAAAGGUGAAGCGUUGCAUCAUGGAGCGCGACCUCUACCCCCGACGCUGGGGCAUGGGUCCCGUCGCGACGGAGAAGAAGAAGAUGAAGGAGAGCGGCAAGCUAGACAAAUACGGUCGAUCGAACGAAGCGACACCCGCAGCGUGGAAGCAGGAAUACAAGGACUUCAACGACCCCGAGGGCGCGGACGAGGGCGCGGCGGUCAAGGAGGGUAUUCCGGGCAAGGGCAGAGACACCACCACCAAGGAGGACGUCGAGAUGGCGGAGCCUGUGGCGCCAAUCGAGGACGGCAAGGAGAAGAAGAAGCGCAAGCACGACGGCGAGACACCCGAGGAGAAGGCGGAGCGCAAAGCCAAGAAGGCUGCCAAGAAGGCGAAGAAGAAGUCCCGCGAGUCGGCCGUCACCGCUGCUGAUAGCGACGACAGUGAUUAG